AUGGACAUUGGCAAUGGGCAGCCAAUUUUUGCCAAGUUCGAGUUCGAGGAUUGGACGAUGUUGAGUACUCGUUUCGAGCUCCACCUGCUGCUGUACUCAUUCAAAAGAGACCUGAAUGACCCAGACAGGCCUGGAUUCGCCGAGGCGCACCUCGCUUUUUACUACCAGAAAUACUAUUCCCAAGAUUCUCUAAAGACCUUCAGUACGCAACAUUACAACUACGACAGCUUUCCCAAGUUUGUGGAGCAGCUGUUGGAGGGCACGCUGACCAUUAACGAGAAGACUGGCUUCCUGGAGCCGCUGCUCGCAGAGGACGACGCCCCUGUGGCGGAGUUCGUGAAGCAGGUGGAGGACCACAGGAGGGAGCGACAGGACGCGGCGCACGGACGCGGGCGACGAGACCGCGGUGUUGAAGAUCACCCUGUCGAAGAAUACGCCGCCGCAGUCCAGAGGCGGCAACAACCAGUUUUCCGUACCACAAGCACUGGCGCAAGCAGUGGCCGGAGCACAAGCGCAAUGGUCUGGGGCCAGGGCGCCGUUCCAGCCGGGCGGGCAGCCGCGGCCGCCGUCCGUGCGGCCUGGGGCGCAGCACCUGGCGGCGGCGCAGCAGGCCUCGGCCCAUGA